AUUUGUGCAAGGCGGGGAACGAAGGCAGGGAGAGGUUCCGCGAACGGAAGGGGAUGAACAGGAAGAGCAAGGGCUGCGCACACAGAGGGGGAAACUGCUGGCAGUGUUGGUUUUUCUAAGUGUAUUUAUUCACCCCGUCUCCUUUCCUGGUGUGUUAAUGAUUUUCUCUAUCUGUGUAAAUGUCCCUUUAAGUUAGUUUAUUGGCGCCAUGGUCAGUGCUUCCUUUACAGUAAGCAUAUUAUCAAGCUAGCGACUCUUGAAUGUCUCCAGCCUGCAACUUCCCGUCACCGAGAAGAACGAAGACGGAAAGAGCGAGCAGCUGAAAAGGAAACAGGGUCGGUCAAUAAGAAUACAGCGAAAUCUACACGGAUAUCAGACUGAUAGACAAGUCGAUAUCGUUGUCUUCUUUUAGUCGACUAGGCGGAUCUGCGUUCUUCUCAUUGUGACUUGCUUGCCAAACGUCGUUUUCCUUGUUGAGCACCCUGCUGCGGCUUGCUCCACUGUCGCCGAGGCUCGAGCCAACCACUGGUGGGGGGUUUAAUGGGAGCCUUGUUUCGAUAGAACUCCCUUCUCCCCCCCACCCCCCCGACGGAUCCUCGCUCGAAUCCAAUUCGGGCGCUGUCUUCCCCGGGGGGUGCCCGGUUUUUGCUUAGUCUGACUGGGGAAGGAGGGCGGUCCCCCAGCCUUGACUGUCGCUCUGGCCGACCCUAGUGGACCCUAAUAUGGCAGGAAAUCUGAAGAAAGGCGGAGGACUGAUCGGGAUGAUGAAGGACGCGUUUCAGCCCCAUCACCACCUCCAUUCCAAUCACCAACCAGGGGCCGUGGACAAAAAGACGGUGGAGAAAUGCUGGAAACUAAUGGACAAGGUGGUGCGUCUGUGCCAGAACCCCAAGCUGGCACUGAAGAACAGCCCACCUUACAUCCUGGACCUGCUGCCAGACACCUACCAGCACCUCCGCACCAUCCUGUCCCGCUACGAGGGAAAGAUGGAGACGCUAGGCGACAAUGAGUAUUUCCGCGUCUUCAUGGAGAACCUGACCAAGAAGACCAAGCAGACCAUCAGCCUGUUCAAGGAGGGCAAGGAGCGCAUGUAUGAGGAGAACUCUCAGCCCAGGCGGAACCUGACCAAGUUGUCGCUGAUCUUCAGUCACAUGCUGGCUGAGCUCAAAGCCAUCUUCCCCAACGGCCUGUUCCAGGGGGAUAACUUCAGGAUCACCAAGGCUGACGCCGCUGAGUUCUGGAGAAGAUCAUUUGGGGACAAGACGAUAGUGCCUUGGAAGGUGUUCCGGCAGGCACUGCACGAGUUCCACUCCAUCAGCUCGGGCCUGGAAGCCAUGGCCCUCAAGUCCACCAUCGACCUCGCCUGCAACGACUACAUCUCAGUCUUCGAGUUUGACAUCUUCACCAGGCUUUUCCAGCCUUGGUCGUCUCUGCUGAGGAACUGGAACAGCCUGGCGGUGACUCACCCGGGCUACAUGGCCUUCCUCACCUACGAUGAGGUCAAGGCCCGGCUGCAGAAGUUCAUCCACAAGCCUGGCAGCUACAUCUUCAGGCUGAGCUGCACGCGACUGGGCCAGUGGGCCAUCGGCUACGUCACUGCAGAUGGGAACAUCCUGCAGACCAUCCCCCACAACAAGCCCCUCUUCCAGGCCCUCAUCGACGGCUUCCGGGAAGGAUUCUACCUGUUCCCCGACGGGCGCUCCCAGAACCCAGACCUCACAGGACUGUGUGAGCCCUCGCCACAAGACCAUAUCAAAGUCACACAGGAGCAAUAUGAGCUGUACUGUGAGAUGGGCUCCACCUUCCAGCUGUGUAAGAUCUGUGCAGAGAACGACAAGGACGUGAAGAUCGAGCCCUGCGGUCACCUCAUGUGUACCUCCUGUCUCACCGCCUGGCAGGAGUCAGAGGGUCAGGGCUGCCCAUUCUGCCGGUGUGAGAUCAAGGGCACGGAGCCCAUCGUGGUUGACCCCUUUGACCCCAAGGACCCCAUAGGGGGCUCCUACGGGAGCUGCAGGGGUAUUUUUGGGGCGGAGGGUGCCCCGUCGCCCAGCUACGACGAUGACGAUGACGACCGGCUGGAAGAUCCCCACCUCAUGAUGAGCAAGUUGGCCUGUUCCAAGGUGGAGCGGCCCCCUUCGCCCAUGUCCCUGGCGCCCCAGUCCUCCCUGCCCCCCGUGCCCCCCCGCCUCGACCUCCUGCAACACCGACCGCCCAACCCCCCUGGAGCAUCCAGCCCAGGGACCACGUCCAAGGCGUCCUCCCACCACAAGGACAAGCCUCUCCCCCUGCCCCCAGCCCUGAGGAACCUGCCCCCUCCUCCUCCACCAGACAGACCUCUCUCUGCCGGGCCUGACGGGUGGCUCGGCAGACGGCCACUACCCUGCACCCCCCUGGGGGAGCCCAAGCUCCCCCCGGCCCCGCCCAACCGCAACCUGGCCGACUGGAACCCCAGGCCGGUGCCCAAGGCCCCCGGACAGCCACCCGGUGUGGGAGACAGGCAGCUUUCCAACAGACACUCCCUCCCCCUGGCCCUACCAUCAGCCCUAGACGGAUGCACAGACGGACAGCGGAACAACAGCUCGCUCAGUCUGGACCAUCAGCUGGUGAAGGGAGCCCAGAGUUUUGGAGGCACGGCGUCUGGCAGUCAGGAGUAUGACAACCCCAAAGUGAGGCCUUCGGUCUCGGCCAAUGCCAUCUAUGCUCUGGCAACAAGACCCCAUCCAGAUCUGAAGCCUGUGGCUGGGGUGGAGACCUACGAGAGUGACGAGGAGUCCGACUACAUGAUCCCCACCUCUCGGCCCGUCCUGGCCCCCAUGGCAGCCCCCCUUGUGGUGACAGAGGCCCCAGCCCCCAAACCCCCCCAGCCCGGCUCUCUUAACUCAUGGCCCAUGCUGAAGGACCUGGAUGAAGGACCUCAAAUGUAUGAAGCCAUGUAUAACAUCCAGGCCCAGGCCCUCACAGCCUCCCUACCUCACCUGGCCAGAGACUCGGAUUGCUCUGAGCUGCCCCCACUGGCCAGUACCAAUGGUCCCAUCUGGGAGAUCCCCUGCCCAGUCCGGGAACUUCCCGAGGAGGUUGAGGAGGAGAACGGCUAUGACAUCCCCAAACCAGCGUUGCCCAUGGCCCGACGCACCCUCUCCGAGCUGGGGGCCGCUACCAGCCGUCUUGUCACGGACAGCGAGCCCGGAGCGUCUGCCUCCUUCUCAGAGUCCAGCGAUGCCCCAGAGCGGCCGCCCAAGCCCCUCCCCCGCCGCUUCAACUCAGAGCGCCAGCGCAGCCCCAUACCUCCUGGAUUAGGCACUGGCGGAGGAGGGUCGGGAGAAGGAGGUGGAGGAGUAGCCAACCCCCAGAUCACCAGCGAGAUUGAGCAUCUCAUGAGCCAAGGCUAUACCUACCAGGACAUCCAGAAAGCCCUGAUGAUUGCACAGAACAAUAUGGAGAUGGCCAAGAAUAUCCUGCGUGAGUUUGUCUCUAUCCCCUCCACGGCGCACAUUCUUACAUAGUACCUCCUCUGCUCCAGCCCUGCCCAGCUCAGCCCAAAGCCUGCAGUACUAGCGCUUCAGUGCUAACCGGAGCCCCUGCAGUCUCCUGUCCGGCGCCCUCUCAAAGCUAGCUCGAUGCUAACUGUGUGUGACUCCGAGCCCUGCACUCCACGUGAUUUCUCAAGAGAGUCUGGACGCCUUUUGUAAUGUGCUGCAGGGCCACUCUCCAUAUCCCAUGUGGUGAUGCUGAUGGCUCAUCAUGCAACCGAAGCUUCGGCGGUCUUUCUCAGUCGUUUUCGCAUCCUCCCGAGGCCUCUACCGAAAUGUAAUCGACACCUCGCAACAACAAAAAAACAUGUACGUGUGUCUAUAUAAGAAUUUAAUAUAUAACAAAAUAUAUAUUAAAUGUGUAUAAUGUAUACAUAUAUAUUUCCAAUGAGUUCUGCUUCGAAGGUCUUUUUUUUCAUGUCGUUCAUGUCAAGGAUAGAUUGCAGAGGACAAAGAUGUUGGUUCUUUGAAGCCGCUCUGAGCGAGAGAGCACCCUUCUAUAGUCCCCAACCCUCACUUUGAGGAGAAAGACAGACUUGGUUUAGCAUUUAGAAGCAGGCGUUUCCUAAACAUUUGGCAACAUGUCAAGUGUGGCCUUUUUAAUGAUAUUGCUUCGGUACUUUCUGGGGGAAAUUAGUGUUUGUGUGUUGCCUCAAAGUAGCAUAAUGUUAGUGUUAGAGGUCUGGACUGUCAUCUCCAGCUAAGGUUGUAGCCCAGUGUGUGGUUUGUGUGUGUGCGCUUUCAAGUGAUCUACAGCUAAGGGAAAGGUUAAACCCAUAGGGUAUGUGUCUUUGUCUGGGAUGUGUGUUAGGUGUGUCUGGCCAUUGACUUGGCUACUAGGGUAGGGACGCGUGAUGGCUGACCGAGUUCACGGUUGACAAUUUGACUUAAGCCCGGUGAAAAGCAAAGCUGUGUUUUGACUGUGUUAUUAGCUAUAUGCAUCAUUUUCUACUGUGGGUAGCUUUAUUUCCUACAUCUAAUCACCUCAUCAGUGAUUUCGAUGACGAAACAGGGACUGGGAAGCCUGUGUUUAGUUUUUUCACUAAGACCGUUUUUAGAGGCAGGCCUGGCUCUGCUGUUAAGCCACACAAAUGUGUGAUACCAACUUCGGAUGACUUGGAUGUCUAUGUUAGCGCAGUGGAGGAGUGGGUUCUCUCUCACUCCCACUCCCAUUCUGUCAGAUCUAAUCAAUCGAAGCCAUCUGGGAGGUCCCGAUUGGCCCAUGUCCCAAUCAGUCUUCUAUCCCUGUGCAAAAUGAAUGUGGGUUGGUCGUUCUUCCUUAAAUGUAGUGAUCUUUCUAAACAUACUUCUCUCUACCAAUCAUCUGAAUGGGAGGGGCAAAGUGUACUUAAAUCUAACGGUGGGCAAAAAAGUAUUGACGGAUUCUAUUAAAGGCCCAGUACCGGGCCAAGAUUUUAUGAUGUGUUGAACACAGCUCCGACAUGAGGAGAGCUUCGUCCGAGACGUACCCCGAAGCUGUUCAGCGUUGUGAAAGAAAAAAAAAAUAUGUCAUCGAUUUACUUUAAUAAUAUAUUAUUAUUAUGAUCAUUAUUGUUAUUAUUAAUUCAGAAGUGCUUUACUGCUGCUACUAUUGUUAUUGCUAUACUAUUAAGCCUUAAAUGUACAUUUGUGAAUAUUGUUGUUUAACUUCUUUUUUUAAAUUUUAUUUUUAAAGUGACAGUAUCUAAUUUGUGUUCUUUAUUUGGUGAUGUAGCAUACUUGAAAAUGCAAGCAGCUUGGGUUGUGCAAUUCAAGCUGAAUUCAGUUGUUUUCUUAUCUUUAGUGUUGGACUGGAUAGCCUUUAGGGGAAUUAUGAUGACAUCAUAAAUCGCACUGUCAGCAUAUUGACCGAAGUGGUAGCACCGGCAGAACGAACCAUGUGAUUGAAGAAAAGGAACAGUGCCAUAACUCAGUCAGACGUCUGUAUUGUAAAUGCCUCCACUUAAAAGGGGAGUACAUCUAAUCCAGAUGAAAUUGGGUGUUGUGCAAGCUUUGUUAUUAAGGAUCAUCUUAAUUGCACAGCUGCAAAAAGCCCAGUAGCUUAGGGAACAAGGACAUGUUGAGACGCACACCCAAAAUGUUGAUGAGUCGCCCCCCCCCCAAAAGGAGACAAAGUUGCACAUUCUAUAUAACUCUAAUUUAUUUUUGUAAACCUUUCCGGUCACACAUUGACAGGGUUAUAAAGAGUGUUUUACUUUAUUUUUCCAACAGAGAUAUUACAUCCAUUGUUUGGGUCAACGUAACAGCAGGGUUUGUGGACCAGUUCUGAAUGUGGAAAUUUUGUUCUCUGUUUUCACGGAGAGGUUUCCCCAAAAUCCUGGUUGGAGAAUUGCCAAGUUGUAGGAUUCCCCUCCCUGCUAUUACUUCCUGAUUCCAGGAAAACCUGGGAAUUGUGGGAACAUUUCUGGAAUUUUGCAAUCCGAUCUGUAACUCAGGAAUACCAUAUAUACACUAACCAGACAAGUGACUUUUCACAUGGACUGUUCCGACUCGUCUUGACUCAAUGAGUUGACAAUACAUUGUUAAACUAACGAAUACACUCACUCAUUGAAUACAGUAGGUGCACCAUGUUCCUGUAUGACUACAUGAUAGGUCUUCAUUAACUUUUGAGUGUUCCGAUUCAGUGGUUAUAGGGCCUUCAGAGUUUGAACGCAAUCCAGAAACUUCUAUUUUUAGGGAGGCUACACCGAUGAAUAUGCGAAAGUCCACACGAAUUGACAAAAGUAACCUAUAACUAAAUGUCAUCAUAACUUGCACAUCAUCUUGUGCUGACUUCUCUUACAUUGUUGGUUAAAAUGUAGAAAUUGCACUGGCUCAAAUUCCCAUAAUUUUAUCUCCAAGACGGAUACUAUUGAGAUACAUUGACUUCACCCCUAAAGGUGGAGAGGCUCUGUUAAUGGGAUUGUCGCAAUGGGCUGUAGAAUCAUCUUAUCGGCUAGCUUCUCAACUGUAUCUCAGUCUCCAGACUGGACGAGGUUUGUGGUGUCCUUAGUUUAUUUUUCUUCUGUUCCUAGUUGCCUUGAGCGAAACGUUGAUGUAACUUUUGAGUGCACCAUGUUCAAUAGGGAUUGUGUGGUUUCGCCUCCCGAGUGACAGCAGUCUAAGGCACUGCAUUGCAGUGUUGCAGCGUCACUACAGCCUGGGGUUUGCUCCCAUUACCGAGUCCCAUAGGGUGGUGCACAAUUGGCCCGCGCCAUCCGGGUUCGGGAAGGGGUUUGGCCGGUGGGGCUUUACUUGGCUCAUCGUGCUCUAGUGACUCCUUGUGGUGGGCUGUGUGCCUGCAGGCUGACCACGAUCGCCAGUUGAACUGUGUUUCCUCCGACAAAUUGGUGCAGCUGGCUUCUGAGUUAAGCGAGCAGGUGUUAAGAAGCGUGGUUUGGGGCGUCAUGUUUCGGAGGUUGCAUUACUCUGCUUUCGCCUCUCCCGAGCCCGUUGAGGAGGUGCAGCGAUGAGACAAGUUCUUAAUCACAAAAUUGGGGGGGAAAAGAGGGUUAAAAUUACAAAAAUAAAUAAAGGGUUUGUGAGGUUUCAGAACGGAAUCGCUUUUCCUUUAAUAUUAAUUACUGUACUGAUUCUUGUCUAUGUAUGAACAUGUACAGUGCAUUCGGAAAGUAUUCAAACACCUUGACUUUUCCACUUUUUUUUACAGCCUUAUUCUAAAAUGGUUCAAAUGUUGUUUUUUUCCCUCAUCAAUCUAUACGCAAUACCCCAUAAUACAUUUUUGCAAAUGUAUAAAAAAUAUUUAAAAAACAUUACAUUUACAUAAGUAUUCAGACCCUUUACUCAGUACUUGUUGAAGCACCUUUGGCAUCGAUUACAGCCUUGUGUCUUCUUUGGUAUGAAGCUACAAGCUUGGCAAACCUGUAUUUGGGGAGUUUCUCACAUUUUUCUCUGCAGACCUUCUCAAGCUCAGUCAGGUUGGAUGGGGAGCGUCGCUGCACAGCUAUUUUCAGGUCUCUCCAGAGAUGUUCGAUCGGGUUCUUGUCUGGGCUCUGGCUGGGCAACUCAAGGACAUUCAGAGACUUGUCCCGAAGCCACUCCUGCGUUGUCUUGGCUGUGUACUUAAGGUCAUUGUCUGGUUGGAAGAUGAACCUUGGCCGAGGUCCUGAGCGCUCUGGAUUAGGUUUUCAUCAAGGAUCUCUCUGUACUAUCCUUCGUUUAUCUUUCCCUCAAUUCUGACUAGUCUCCCAGUCCCUUCCUCUGAAAAACAUUCCCACAGCAUGAUGCUGCUACCACCAUACUUCACCGUAGGGAUGGUGCCAUGUUUCUUCUGUUUGACAUUUAGGCCAAAGAGUUUAAUCUUGGUUUCAUCAGACCAGAAAAUCUUAUUUCUAAUGGUUUGAGAGUCCUUUAGGUGCCUUUUGGCAACUCCAAGCCAGCUGUCAUGUGCCUUUUGGCUGAGGAGUGGCUUCCGUCUGGCCACUGUACCAUCAAUUCCUGCUUGGUGGAGUGCUGCAGAGAUUGUUGUCCUUCUGGAUGGUUCUCCCAUCUCCACAGAGGAACUCUAGAGCGACCAUCAGAUUCUUGGUCACCUCCCUGCCCAAGGCCCUUCUCCCCCGGUUGCUCAGUUUGGCCGGGUGACCAACUCUAGGAAGAGUCUUGGUGGUUCCAAACUUCUUUAAUUUAAGAAUGAUGGAAGCCACUGUGUUCUUUGGGAACUUCAAUGCUGCAAACAUUUUUUGGUACCCUUCCCCAGAUCUGUGCCUUAACACAAUCCUGUCUCGGAGCUCUACGGACAAUUCAUUUGACCUCAUGGCUUGGUUUUUGCUCUGACAUGCACUGUAAACUGUGGGACCUUAAAUAUAGACGUGUGUGUGUGUGCCUUUCCAAAUCAUGUCCAGACAAUUGAAAUUACCACAGGUGGACUCCAAUCAAGUUGUAGAAACAUCUGAAGGAUGGUCAAUGGAAACAGAAUGCACAUGAGCUCAAUUUCGAGACUCAUAGCAGAGGGUCUGAGUACUUAUAUAAAUAAGGUAUUUCUGUUUUUUUUAUUUUUAGUACAUUAGCAAAAAUUUCUAAAACCCUGUUUUCGCCAUGUCAUUAUGGUGUGUUGAUUUGAGGAAUUUAUUUCUUUCAUUUUAAAAUAAAGCUGUAAUGUAACAAAAUGUGGGAAAAGUCAAGGGGUCUGAAUACUUUCCGUAUGUGCCUUCAGAAAGCAUUUAUACCCUUAGACUUAUUCCACAUGUUGUUACAGCCUGAAUACAAAAUGGAUGACAAACAUUUCUCACCCAUCGACACACACUACCACAUAAUGACAAAUUGAAAACAUGUUUACAAAUGUAUUGAAAAUGAAAUGCAGAAAUCUAAUUUGCAUAAGUAUUCACGCCCCUGGGUCAAUAUAUGUUAGAAUCACCUUUGGCAGCAAUUUACAGCUGUGAGUCUUUCUGGUUAAGUCUAAGAGCGUUGCACUCCUGGAUUGUACAAUAAUUGCACAUUCUUUAAAAAAAUAUAUUCUUCAAGCUCUAUCAAAUUGAUUGUUGAUCAUUGCUAGACAACCAUUUUCCACUCUUGCCAUAGAUUUUCAAGCAGAUUUAAGUAAAAACUAACUCAGCCACUUGUGAACAUUCACUGUCUUCUUGGUAAGCAACUUCAGUGUAGAUUUGGCCUUGUCCUGCUGAAAGGGGAAUUCAUCUCAUAUUGUCUGGUGGUAGGCAGACGGAACCAGGUUUUCCUCUUUUGCCUGUGGUUAGCUCCAUUCCGUUUUAUUGAUUUUUAUCCUGGAAAGCUCCCCAGUCCUUAACGAUUACAAGCAUACCCAUAACAUGAUCCAGCCACCACUAUGCUGAAAAUAUUGGGAUUGGUGCUCUGUUGUAUUGGUUUGUUCCAAAUAUAACCCUUUGUAUUCAGGAUAAAAAGUGAAUUUCUUUGCCACAUAUUUUGCGGUAUUACAACAGGAUGUAUGUUUUUGAAAUAUUUUUCUUCUGCACAGGCGUCCUUUUCAUUCUGUCAAUUGGGUUAGUAUUGUGGAGUAACAACAAUGUUGUUGAUCUAUCCUCAGUGUUAUCCUAUCACAACCGUUAAACCCUGGAACUGUUUUAAAGUCACCAUUGGUCUCAUGUUGAAAUCCCUGGGCAUGUUCCUUCCUCUCCAGACGCCUGUAUCUUUCUCAUGACUGGGUGUGUUGAUACACCAUCCAAAGUGUAAUUAAUAACUUCACCAAGCUCAAAGGGAUAUUCCAAUGUCUGCUUUUUAUACCAAUAGGUGCCCUUCUUUGCAAGGCAUUGGAAAACUUCCCUGGUCUUUGUUGUUCAGUCUGUGUUUGAAAUUCACUGCUCAACUGAGGGACCUCACAGAUAACUGUAUGUGUGGGGUACAGGGAUGAGGUAGUUAUUCAGAAAACAUGUUAAACACUAUUAUUGCACACGGAAUCAGUCCAUGCAACUUAUGUGACUUGCUAAGGGGGGGGGGGGGGUGAAUAUUUAUUGACUCAAGACAGCUUCUCAUUUUUAAUGAAUUUGUAAAGAUUUUUAAAAAUAUUUUCCACUUUGACGUUACGGGCUGUUAUGUGUAGGUCUGUGACAUAAACUGGAUACAAUUUAGAUGUUAACUUCAAGCUGUAGCACGACAACAAAAUGUGGAAAAAGUCAAGGGGUGUGAAUACGUUCUGAAGGCACUGUAAGUGCAUAUGGACCUUUUUUCUACAUACUAUACCAAUUUGUGCUACGAUACUGUCACUUUAAAAAUGAAGUGUAUAGUUACUGAUUUAAAAUAUGUGAAUUGCUAUGUUUUAUUUCAUUUUGCAUUCCUGUACAUGUCAGAUUUGAUAUCCCCCCCCCCCAAAAAAAGUUUUUGUAUACUUUUGUGGAUAAUUUUGUGCGCAGUGCCAUAUGUUUAGAAGUGUCAGUAAUGUUCUCCUGAUGACCUAGAAUAAGGCAUUGUCUGACGUGAGAGCAUGUUUUCAGCCCGUUGGUCUAAACAAUCUCAUAGUCCAGUAUUGGUUCUUACCUAUACGCCUCCUCUGCCUAUUGGACGACGUCACCACAUUACACAUCAAACUCCUUUCCCCAUGUGGAAUUGUUCAAUUUUUUUACCAGAAGAGGGAGCUGUCUGUCCUCUGCCAUUUUUCUCUUCAACCGUCGAGGCGUUUAUUGAACUUUUUAAUGCUCGUCACUUUGGAAGUAUGCACAGUGCUAUACUGUUUAUUAAAAGAGUAAGUAAAGACGUCAAGUCUCAGUUUAACGGUACUUAUCCAUAGCUGAACACAGUCCUUGAGCAAUCUUCCUCUACUCUGGUUCACAUGUCGCAACACCUGUGUUGCAGAAAAAUGCAUUUUCCAUGUUUUAUACAUAACUGCUGAUUGUGCCCCAGGCUUGCUGUUGGCUUGGGCUUUUGGAGGAAACUUGGCCAAUCCAAAAUCAAACCCUAGCCCCCUGUGCACCUUUUUUAGGAGUAAUAUGGUAAUUGCUCCCUCUUGCCUUCUGAUAGGAAAAGAGGCAUUUUCUGCAAAUUGUAUUUACCGAAUUCCCUCACUCCUCCCGGAGUGCAUAGGGGCUAUGGGUCGGUUUGGGAUUGGGCAAGUGUCCACCUCUCUCUCUCGCUGCCUUAUUGCUUCAGCUUUUCUCACUACCAAGGUCUAAACUGCCAUCAGCUUUGGUUUAAAACAUCAGCCUGUCUAUGCAUGUGGAUGGUCCAAUAAUGUGGACCUUUCAGACUCCAUUGUUUUUUGUUAUGCAUUUUCCAUUAUAAACAUAUUUAUUAAUUUACUGCUGUACUCCUCCCCCAAAACACCACAAAAUCAUGUUUUUCUUUUCUGGAAUUUGAAGCAUUUUUCUUUUCUUUAAAAAAAUAAAUAAAUAUGCAUUGCUAUGCUAUGCUGCA